GUCGUCCGUGCACUUCAAUGGCUCUGGACGAAAAAUGGCACUUCACAAAAGAACAAUUGGCGAAUUCUCCCAGCAGAAAAUGCGGCAUCGACGCCGAUAAGGAGCUGAGUUAUCGGCAGCAAGCCGCCAAUUUGAUACAAGAUAUGGGCCAGCGUCUCAUGGUGUCGCAAUUAUGCAUCAACACAGCAAUCGUGUAUAUGCAUCGCUUUUAUGUGUUUCACUCGUUGACACACUUCCACAGAAAUUCUAUGGCAUCUGCAGCUCUUUUUCUUGCUGCAAAGGUCGAAGAACAGCCCAGAAAACUGGAGCAUGUUAUCAAAGUAUCAUAUAUGUGCCUUCACAAAGAUGCACAACAACCACUCGACAUCAAGUCAGAGCAAUAUCAUGAUUUAGCUCAAGAUUUAGUAUUUAACGAAAAUGCGUUGUUGCAAACCUUGGGGUUUGAUGUGGCUAUAGAUCAUCCCCACACACAUGUGGUUAGGUGCUGUCACUUAGUCAAAGCUAGCAAAGACUUAGCACAAACAUCGUAUUUCAUGGCUUCAAAUAGUUUGCAUUUGACAACUAUGUGCCUCCAGUACAAACCUACCAUAGUUGCAUGCUUUUGUAUUCAUUUAGCUUGCAAAUGGUCCAACUGGGAGAUUCCUCAGAGUAAUGAAGGGAAAGACUGGUUCUGGUAUGUUGACAAGUCUGUCACGUCGGAACUAUUAGGUCAACUUACUGGAGAAUUUUUACAUAUCUUCGAUAAAUGCCCUUCCAGACUUAAGCGAAAAAUUCGCAGUAUUAACGCUAGCCAAAGUCCCAAUCUCAUACCAUCAUCGACGCUAACGAAAUCUCCAUUUGAUAUUGAGCCACGAAAAGUGCAGUCACCAGCGAACGCUGAUGCUAAUCUUAUCUUUCAAUCAAAUCGUUCUCAUUCAGAUCGGUCUGAAAUAGAUGGCAGCAAAAAGUCUACUACCUCCCAUUCCAGUCGCACUGUAGAUUACAAAGAAUACCGUGAAAAGAAAGAGCGUGAAAGGCUAGAACGAGAAAAAGCGGCAGCCAUCACUUUGACAAGCUCACUGAGUGCUGACCCUGGUAAACACCACUCGCACCACCACAAGCAGAACUCUUCUUCCAGCCUAACUGUUCCAGGCAAACAUUCAAGCUCUUCAUCCUCGAAUGCUGUAAAGCAAGUGACUCACCAUAAUCACCAUCAUAACUCUCGGCAGGAUGUAAAGUCCUCCUCUCAGAUGAUCCAGAGGCAUUCCUCGAACAGUAGUAAUAGCAGUAGUGGUGGUAGUGGCACUCGGGAUCCAAACCGUGACAGACAAAAAGGGACCAGGGAGCGCGAUCAUAAUUUGUCGAGUAGUGGCUACUAUUCAUCCACUGUUUCUUUAGAAAAUCUAGAAUCUGGUAUACAAGACACGCAGACCGCCCAUCCACCUGAGAAGCUGAAUAAUUCUUUGCACAAGCAGCAUAGUAAUGAUUCAAGGCAUCCCAAACAACAUCAAAAAGAAGUAAAGCCACACUCUAAGUUUUCGGACCCAUCUGCUUUAAAAACAACAAGAAAAGACCCUAAUGAGCAGCGAGCCGAAGAAGUGCGAAAAAUGAUCGUGCCACCAACAAAACCAAGACCCGAGAUCAUGAAGGAAGAGUAUGCCGCAUUGAUGCUAAAACAAUCUCAUCAUCCGUCCAAAUAUCACCAACCGGAAAAGCCGACACCCAGUAUCAGUGCUUCACAGGCUUCUUUGCCGUCUCUUGGCUCGGAGUCCAAAAUGUUAAAUGUUGGUCAGACCGCCUUUACCACGGAGAAGUCUCCCAACGCUCCUGUCUCGGCGGCACAAAUUUCACAGAAAUCCUUAUCUGUUUUCAAAAGUAAUCAGGCGAAAAACGGUAACUUGGGCAUUUCCGCGACGUCCUCGUUUAGUUUAGUGAAUAAUUUUGACGAGCCAAAAAUAGAGAAAAAGCCACGUGAGGAAAAUACAAUUCCGUCGAAUCUGAUUGUUAACAAACAUCGUUCCCUAUUUAGCCCGGAAAAAACACCAACACCACCAUCAAUAGCUAAAGAAUCUCACUCACAAAGGAUAAAGCCAAAAUUAAAAACAUCACUGGUUGUGCCAAAACAGGAAAACAGUUUAUCAUUUACGUCUUCGUCGUCUAACGUGGAUUCAAUAAAACAAAAGUUGUCAAACAAUUCAGUUCCUGUAUCCUCGCAAAAGCAGCACCGACUUAAUUCCGAAUUGAAUAGUAUUCUUGAUCACGACUCUAAGCAGCAGCUGCAAGAAAAUCACUCGCGAAAACACAACUUUGGUCCGUCGGAUAAUACAGGAUUGAGUAAUAACCGCGUACCAGAAUUUGCACAACCCAUAAAAGAUAGUCUGUUGAACAAGAGUUUGGUCGCAACUGCACUUGUAGAUGUAAAAACGCCUCUUGAGCUCGUCAAGUCGAUUGACAACAUGGAUCCUACGAUAGUUGCCAAUCAGCGAUUAAAGCCACAACCGCCACAGCCUCAGCAGAAUCAGAAUCUAACAAACGGGCUACACUCUAGUCUAGAGAAUCAAUUCUCGCUUAUGGAUCCGUCAAGCUUCCUCCUAAAACCAGAACCGCCAGAAGAACUACUCAGCAAUGAGAUGUCAGACUUUAUAUUUCCUAAGCCAGAACAGAAAGAUAUCGACUUCUUGUCGUUGGAACCAAUAGUAUUAACGAAGGAAGAGUCCAAUCUAAAGCAGGAACCUAUCGUUAAACAGGAACCUAGUGUUAAACAGGAGCCUGCCCUUAAACAGGAUAGCUUCUCGCCACUCAAGUCGGCACAGAGUAUUAGUGCCCUUUUGCAGGAGCCUAUGACGUCAAUGCCUUCACUGCUGAAAAAUUACGAGCAACAGCAGCCUCAAAUCGUCGAGGAGCCUGUUCUGCCUUCCACCGUUGACAUGAGCGAACUCGUAGCUCCAAUUCAAUGUACGGUCGAUAUUCCCGUGAUAACAACAUCGGUACCGAUGCCAGCUGCAACUGCAACGGUGGUCUCCUCAGUGGCAAUUGUCGAGGAAAAGAAACCUGAACACCACAGCAAGAGCGAAAAGAAAAAGAAAGAAAAGAAACACAAGCACAAAGACAAGGACAAGUCAAAGGAGAAGCACAAGCACAAGCAUAAAGACAAAGUCAGGGAGAAGCACCGUCGCGAGAGAAGUGAUAGAGAUAAAGACAGUAAGACUGAUGAGGGUAACAGCACUGGCGGUAAUAGCACGGCACUCGGUGCUGUGCCCAUAAAAAUUACUAUACCUAAGGAUAAGCUAAACCUCAAUGCCGACUCUAUCGGUACGUCCACUCCAAGCACGCCCAGCACCGGGUUAAUAAUUAAAAUCCCCAAGGAGCGACUUAAAGGCACCGAGGUACCGGUUCAGCAACUGCAGUUGCAGCAGUCUCAGUUACAGCAACAGCAGCAUCGUCAGCUACCUCAGCUGAGCACCCCUCAACCGCAGGCGCCGCUUAAAAUUAAAAUUCGCACCGACACACUGGCCAGGAGCGCGACCGGCGAGCUGCAGGCAGCGGCCGGCCAAGUGCAGCAGACAGAAGGUGUAAGCAGGAAGCGCGAGCGCAGCGACCCGAUGGACAACUCGCUAGCCCAGGCCCCGCCAAACAAAAAGUUGUACCAGCAGCAGCAACAGCAGCAACAACAACAACAACAACAACAACAACAACGGCAAAACGGCCGGCACAGCACGUACAACAUGCCGGGAACAAACAAUAAGGGUGAUCGUAUGACGUACACGUGAAACGGGACGUCCCAUUGUCGACGACAAACAGAGAAAAAAUCGAAAACAUAGAGACUCACUGAAGACGUAACGUUUCCGUAGUGUUUUUUGUAAAAUCCUAAGUAGCAAAAAAAAUUUAGGAAAAGUAGACAAAAAGUCCGAGUUCAUCAUUCAGGUGCAUACAUCUGCAGUUGGACAGAAAGCAGAUCCGCACUAGUGAUAAAAAUAAAAUGUAAAAAAUUUAAAACAAAAAGCCCCUCUUCCACGAACACGCGGUACACACAGGCUCACGUGUUGUGUUACGUCUCUCCUACCACAGAGCUGCCGCUCAUUCACUUUAUUAUUAUUAAAUGUUACGUAGGAGUUGACGAUUAUUAGUGAUGAUGACGAUGGUUCAUCGGUGUAAGGAGGAAAGUGAAAAAGAGAAAGAGAGAGAAACAGGACACGAUUAGUAAUAACGAUAAAACAAAGGCGCUUAUGAUAAAAUAACGAAACACAAAAGUAACGAUGUGUAAAUACAAUUAUAUUUUGAGGGCGCAUACUUUAAAACGUCUUCUAAAAAUGUGAAAUAUACGAGAGGUGUGUCAGAGAGAGAGAGAGAGUGAGUGAGAGAAUGAGAGUGUGGAAGCGAGUUUUGCCUUACGUUGAUAAAUACACAAUAAAACGUAGCAGCACUAUUUUCGACACGAGAAAAGUGAGAUGCUCGCAUGUUGUGCAAUUUCAAUAAAAAAAAAAAAAAAAAAACAAUGAUGGCAAUUCAUAAGAGAGGCACCAGCGAAAUAAAGAAAAAAAGCAAAUACUUAUAAGCUUGUAACAAGUUUUACAUGCAAAUUGUGAACAUUUUUUUUUCUUUCGAUAUUUUUCCUAAGUUUUCCCGCGUAUUCAUUUUGUUGUUAGGAUUCUUGCAGAUAAUCACGAUGAGAUAUGUUAGAGUUGGAAUUAUUACAGGAAAAUUUUGUUGAUUAAAAGUAUAGAUAUAAUUGUUUGACUGUCAAAACUUUUUGGUCGACGCUAUUUAUUUUCAAAUAAUUGUUUUUUUAUUUUUUUUUGUUUAAUCAUAUUGCUAAUGUUUUUUCCUUUUUUCGAGGCGUGUGUAACAGCCGCAUACGUAAACGUACGUAUUAUUCCGAUGUAUAAUACAAUAGUUUUCUUAUUCUUAUAAUUUUCUGUAAUUCUUUAAAUGAGUAAGCUGAUUAGUUCAGAAAACAAUCGUUUCGUAUGAGAUUGUGGCUUAAAAAUAAGCUUUCGCGUAAAUUAUUGUGCCGUCUUAGUUAAUUAAAAUUCUAAGGACUGCAUAUAAAUAUUAUUUUUAUUUUUUCUGUAAAUAUACAUUGACUUGUUUAUUUGUAUGAGUAUAACUUGUAUGCGUAUCGGCGAUUGUCAUUUACCUACUAUAUAAUAUAUAAGAACUGAUUACUAUAAUAUACAAAAAUAUACUCGAUAUUGGCAGCAAGUGAAAGAAAAUUUUAAAGAGUGUACGCAACAGCACUUUUCUUUCGUCGUUGCUGGAAGCUGCAAGAAUUAUUAAUUAUAGAUAUAACUUCUCUGACUGAGACUGCAAAUGACUAUCACAAACACUUAAUAAAAACUAUUACCCUAUUAGAUUUAAAAUUAAGUAAAAAUUAUC